UUUAUGUAUUCUUAGAUCUAAAGUUAACCUAGCAUAGUCUAACAGAUGCACAAACAGGAAAAGAUUCAUUUCCAAUAAUACUCUAAUAAUAGUAAUAUGUACUACUAGAUUGAAGAGAUUCACCAACUUUCUUAUGAUCCCGAAAAACAAAACCAAAAAAUGAAAUGCAUUUAAAAUAAAAGCGCCAAUAACAAAACGGUAUCAGUAUAUCUCCCACUCAUACUCCCUGUUUUGUAACUUGUGCCUUCGUCGGGAAAUUAAGUCGCUCUUAGCAGUAAUUUAAUGGAGUAACAGUGUAAUGUUACGGCUUCUGUGGCUUUUAUGCUACUCAAAACAAAAUCUUUACUGUUUCUCUCACUCUAUAUAUUUGCCGAGCAAGAUUUUAGAGAUAUGGAACAUGAACAAUCUGCUGAUGAGAUGUUUGAGAAAUUUACUUGGAAGAUUGAAAACUUUUCUCGUUUGAACACGGAUGAGGUUUACUCUGAGCCUUUUGUCUUAUGUGGUUAUCCAUGGAGGAUUAGUCUGUUUCCAAAAGGGAACCUAGUAGGGAACUCCUUAUCAAUUUUUUUGGAGGUUAUUGAAACUGCCAAUAUGUCUGAAGGAUGGAACAGAUAUGUGAAUUUUAAACUUGCAGUAUUCAAUCAGCUCAAUACCGACAUGACAAUCUGUCGUGGAUCUGUCAUCAGAAAAUUCAAUGCAAGUCACAAGUUCCGGGGCUACUCUUCUUUCAUUCCUUUAGAUGAGCUUCAUGAUCCUGUGAAGGGGUUUAUUGUGAAUGAUACGUGUAUUGUUGGUGUAAAAAUUUGUGUUUGCAAGUCAAGCCAGGAGAAGCGAAUAAGUCAAACUGCAUCCCUUAUAUUUGAAUGCAAAAAUGUAGAAAACCUUUCACCAGUUUCUAUAGAACCUACUGAACAAGAUGAUGAAGAGUUGGUGUCUGAUGCGUUGGGAAAAGUUUUGUAUUUCCUUAAGACUAAGAAAGUGAAAGAUAUGAAUGAAGAAGCUUGUAAGAAACUUCACGGUUUGUGGGAUGUAAUUGAGAAAUUUAAAUUUGAUGUUACUUGGUUAGAGCAUUCUUUUCAAUCUGCCAUGGGAAUGAAAAGUUUGGUGGAAAAAGCUACGCAAGUAGAAAAACUGAAGGAUUCUAUGUUAGCCCUAGAGCUUGAAACAGAGAGGAUAAAGACAAAGUUGGCUGCUGCUGAAAUAAAUCUGGAUGUAGAAAAAGACUUGUUGAAAGCAAAAGGUUUCAACGAUAUUGAUUUAGAUUCUAAGUUGCAAUGUGAGAGUUGGAGAGCAUAG